AUGACCUAUCUAGAGAAACAGAAAAUCGAUUCCACUCAAAUCUUUGAGCAAAUUCAUGAUCUCAGCGAAGAAAAACAUAUUUUAGAACAGCGGUUGGAUUUGGAUACUAUGUUUUCGUCAUUUAAUAGAUUAAAGAAUGACAACUAA